UUUCACGAGUAAAGAAUGGGUGACAAGAAGAAAAAGGCUCAGAUGUUUGUGAAACUAGUGUCUGCUGCCGGCACUGGAUUUUUCUAUGAAAAGAGAAAGCCGAGACAGUUCACAGAGAAGCUUGAGUUUCGAAAAUUUGAUCCUAGGGUUAAUCGUCAUGUUCUCUUUACAGAGGCUAAGAUGAAGUGAUUUGGUACCUUGUAUGGCUUCA